ACUUCUGGGUUCAGGGGCGCAGGCGAAGGCCUCCCGGUGAGACCUGCCGCGGCGUGAGGAGGAGACAAAAGUCACAUCAAAGCCUGCGACACUUAGUACCAGAUUCAUCGCCGAAUCUGCGCGCGAUACACGAACCUUGGCGCUGGAGGAAGCGGAGAACAGGCUCCCGCCCCGCCCACCCAACUCACGUGACCAACGACCGCGGCCUCCGGGCCGGAAGCGCUCCCAAGCCCGCGCGCGCGCGUUCUCGCAUUUCUGGGCGGCUGUGAGGCUCCGCGAGUUCCGUCCCUGCCGCGCGCUCGCGCUCGUUCCCAGGCUUCCGGGCCCGGAGAGCUCGGCGGCGGCUGCGCGCGCGCUGCCCAGCCGGGUCCCCGCCCCCAGGCGCGCGGGGUUCCGGGGCAACACAGCCAUGUGCUCGUUAGCGUCGGGCGCUGCGGGCGGCCGGGGCGCUGUGGAGGACGAGGACGACCUGCCAGAGCUGUCCGACAGCGGUGACGAGGCCGCCUGGGAGGAUGAGGACGAUGCUGAGCCCCCCCACGACAAGCAGCAGACCCCCUGCCUGUUCUGUGACAGGUUAUUUACAUCUGCUGAAGAAACAUUUUCACACUGUAAGUCUGAGCAUCAAUUUAAUAUUGAUAACAUGGUCCAUAAACAUGGACUUGAAUUUUAUGGAUACAUUAAGCUAAUAAAUUUUAUUAGACUCAAGAAUCCUACAGUUGAGUAUAUGAAUUCCAUAUACAACCCAGUGCCUUGGGAGAAAGAAGAGUAUUUGAAGCCAGUAUUAGAAGAUGACCUAUUACUUCAAUUUGAUGUAGAAGAUCUUUAUGAACCAGUGUCAGUCCCAUUCUCAUACCCCAAUGGACUCAGUGAAAACACAUCUGUUGUUGAAAAAUUGAAACAUAUGGAAGCCAGGGCACUGUCUGCUGAAGCUGCAUUAGCUAGAGCGCGUGAGGAUCUGCAAAGAAUGAAACAAUUUGCUCAGGAUUUUGUGAUGAACGCAGAUGUCAGAACCUGCUCGUCAUCUACUACUGCCAUUGCAGACCUCCAGGAAGAUGAGGAUGGCGUUUAUUUCAGCUCAUACGGGCAUUAUGGGAUACAUGAAGAAAUGCUAAAGGACAAAGUACGAACAGAAAGUUACCGAGAUUUUAUAUAUCAAAAUCCACAUAUCUUCAAAGACAAGGUGGUUUUGGAUGUUGGUUGUGGAACUGGAAUUCUCUCUAUGUUUGCAGCUAAAGCUGGGGCAAAGAAAGUUCUUGGAGUUGAUCAGUCUGAAAUACUUUACCAGGCAAUGGAUAUCAUAAGACUAAAUAAACUGGAAGAUACUAUUAUACUAAUUAAAGGAAAGAUUGAAGAAGUUUGCCUUCCUGUAGAAAAAGUGGAUGUUAUUAUAUCUGAGUGGAUGGGCUAUUUUCUUCUUUUUGAGUCUAUGUUAGAUUCUGUCCUUUAUGCAAAGAACAAAUACUUGGCAAAAGGAGGAUCGGUCUACCCUGAUAUUUGCACUAUCAGCCUUGUGGCAGUAAGUGAUAUGAAUAAACAUGCCGAUAGAAUUGCUUUUUGGGAUAAUGUAUAUGGCUUCAACAUGUCCUGUAUGAAGAAAGCAGUUAUUCCAGAAGCUGUUGUGGAAGUUUUAGAUCCAGACACUCUUAUUUCAGAUGCUUGUAGUAUUAAGCAAAUAGAUUGCCAUACAACAUCUGUCUCAGCUUUGGAGUUUUCUUCAGAUUUUACCCUGCAAAUUACAAAGACAUCCAUGUGCACGAGAGAGAGCAGGAGCAUGAAGAGCAGAGGAAAGGGAUCUGAAGCAGAAUCCACACUGAGCGUGGAGCCCAGGCAAUUGCUGGCUACUUUGAUAUAUAUUUUGAGAAAAAUUGUCACAGCAGGAUCGUGUUCUCCACGGGCCCCCAGAGUGCCAGAACACACUGGAAACAAACAAUAUUUCUAUUGGAAAAGCCAUUUUCCGUUAAAGCAGGUGAAGCCUUGAAAGGAAGGAUCACAGUCCACAAGAAUAAGAAAGAUCCACGUUCUCUCAUUGUGACCCUCACAUUGAAUAAUUCAACUCAAACUUAUGGUCUCCAGU